AUGGCCCCCCCUUCCUCCCCAGCGGCGGCGGCCUUCGUGCUGCCCGUGCUGCAGGUGCUCUCCGAGGACCCCUACGGCAUCUUCUGCCUGGUGCUGACCCCCACCAGGGAGCUGGCAUACCAGAUUGCUGAGCAGUUCCGUGUCCUGGGGAAGCCCCUCGGCCUGAAGGACUGCGUGGUGGUGGGCGGCCUGGACAUGGUGGCGCAGGCGCUGGAGCUCUCCCGUAAACCCCACGUUGUCAUCGCUACGCCCGGCAGGCUGGCAGAUCACCUGCGCAGUUCCAACACUUUCAGCCUUAAGAAACUGAAGUUCUUGGUCUUGGAUGAAGCCGACCGGCUGUUGGAGCAGGGCUGUGCUGACUUCACCGCGGAUCUGGAGGUGAUUCUGGAGGCUGUUCCAGCGCGCAGGCAAACGCUGCUGUUCAGCGCCACGCUGACCGACACGCUGAACGAGCUGAAGAGCCUGGCCGCAAACAGACCGUUCUUCUGGGAGGCUGUCUCCGAGGUGCGGACAGUGGAUGAAUUGGACCAGCGCUACUUGCUUGUACCUGAAGCACUCAAGGACGCGUACCUUGUCCACUUAAUCCAGACCUUCCAGGACGAGCACGAAGACUGGUCUAUUAUUAUCUUUACCAAAACCUGCAAAGACUGCCAGGUCUUGAACAUGAUGCUUAGGAAAUACAACUUCCCUUCUAUAGCUCUGCAUUCCAUGAUGAAACAGCGGCAGCGAUUUGCAGCUUUAGCAAAGUUCAAGUCCAGCAUCGUUAAGAUUCUCAUUGCCACUGAUGUUGCUGCCAGAGGUUUGGACAUUCCUACAGUACAAGUUGUCAUCAAUCACAACACUCCCGGCCUGCCAAAAAUCUACAUUCACCGGGUUGGCCGGACAGCCCGUGCGGGGCGGAAAGGAAUAGCCAUUACGCUAGUGACGCAGUACGACAUCCAUCUCGUACACGCUAUUGAGGAGGAAAUCAAACUGAAGCUGCAGGAGUUCUCUGUGGAGGAGCGGUUUGUGCUUGACAUCCUCACCCAAGUGAACGUCACCAGGAGGGAAUGUGAAAUAGAACUGGAGGGAAUGGAUUUUGAUGAGAAGAAAGAAAUAAAUAAGCGGAAACAAAUGAUCCUUGAAGGGAAGGAUCCAGACCUGGAGGCAAAAAGGAAGGCAGAGCUAGCCAAGAUCAGGAAGAAAAACAAGCAAUGCCGUGAGAAGGUCCAGCAGAUACUGCAGAAGAAAGAGCAACUGCGGCUGAAGAGGAAACUGCAGAAGAAGAUGGAGCGGCGGAACAAGCUGCGUGCUGCGGAAGAGAAGUGAAGUCCUUUGGCCUGACUUGCUUGGCUUGGACUGCCCUGACGUUGCUGCUGCUUUGGGAAUACUGGGAUCUAACGCGUUUUAAUGUGGACACUUCUGACCUGGAAUCGGUGUUGGAGAGUACAGGGAAGGUGGGUGAGGGGAGAAGGGUCACCGAUAAACAGUCUCCACUCUUUUUCCUUCCUGCACAACGCUGCUGGCUUGGGCCAUUCCUGGCAGGCUGGGUCAGUCUCCUGGAAGAAUGUCUUUCAAGAGCCUGUUUCCUUCCUCCAGCAAAGGAGAGGCCAGACCUGAAUUCUUGGUGACGUGAAGGGAAAUAAAGAUCCUCUCUCUUUUUCCCCCUUCAUUCAGUCAUUGCUCCUUCCCUUUCCAGGGC